AUGUUCAAACGCGUCGAUAAGCGCAGGAAAAGGAAGGAAGAAGAGGAAGAGCUAGGGAUUGAUGAAGAGAUGAAGGAGGCUAUGGGGUUCAACGACACCGACUCGGACGAAUCUGCGUCUUCUGAAGAUGAGGACGAUGAUGGGUCCGAAAAUGGAAGCGAAGCUGUCGAAGGAGACGAAGAGGUUGGCGGCGAAGACGAUGAUGAAGGCAGCGAAGAGGACGAGGACGACGAAGGCAGCGAGGAAGAAGAUGCAUCUGAUGAGGAGCCCACGAUAUCUGUCGGCGAAGCGUUGCUGAAGCCUGUACGCGCAAUCUCCAAUGGCGAUCAUUCGACAUGUGUAUUCUGUCCUAGCGCAAUACUCAAGCAUGAGAUGAUGAUUCGCGUACAUCUAGACUCAAAAGCACAUAAACGGAGGAUAGAGAAGGCUAAUGACCUUGCUAUGUCUCUUUCACCCGACACAGACAUUCGUAUCUUGCUCAACCAGAUAAAUGCUCGCACUGUUGCUGCGUCAAAUCCGAAAGUCGCUGCCGCGGAGGAGGUUGAAGUGAAAGCUGCGGGAACGAAGGAAGGCGAGCAAGACCUGUCAAAGCGUGCAUUGAAACGCAUCAAGAAACAGCAGCAGAUCGCGGCUAAGCGGACGAUGGUGAAGGAAAUGAAGGCGAGGAAGGCGGCGAAAAAGCGCGAGGCGGAGGCCAAGGAGGACGGCAGUGACGAUGGUGCGGAUGAUGGCCAUGUUGAUGAAGCAAAGGCAAAGGAUGGUUCCAAGACUCAGGUUUCGAACGCGUUGAAGGGCAAGGCCAGGACGGAGAAGGGCGCUGAAUCCAAAAGUGGCGAGUCAAGGAAGCGCAAGCGGGAAACGGAGACGGAGAAUGCUCAAGAUACGUCCACGAAGGGGAGGAAGGCGAAGGUAAGAAAAGUUGAGAAGCACACUGCAGUCUCGGCGCUUGACCGCAAACCUUCGAGGGGAGAUGAGAAUACGUUAAAGGCCGCGAAAACGGAGGUCAAGCGAAAGGCCACAGGCAAGGCGAGAGACGCGGCUGAGACGCCAGCUGUGGCGCCAGCCUCGGCGGUACCCAACUCAGUACCCGAGGUGAAGAGGAGAAAGGCACCCGCGCAGGAGAGCAGCGAAAGCCCUGUGAAGGUGCAUAAGAAGGCGAAGGUAGAGGCUACUGGCAAGCCCGAGGUCAAAGCUGUGGCUAAGCGGCAUAGAGCGAAAGCAUAG